UGACCAAUCAGUGGCCGCACUGCUCGUCCUCUCCGCUCUCCGUCUGCACCAGGCGUCUGACGGAUUCAACACCGAAACUAUCCACCGGUAUGGCCGCCGUGGAAAUGUCCGCUACCGCCUCUGAAGAAGCCCCCGCGGACGGUGUAGAGAACGACUCCCCACCCGAGAAAACGACCGAAGAGGACGGCGGAGAGGCAAAAGCCAAAGACCCAUCCGCACCGGAAGAGAAGGAGGCAGGGCGCACCGCUGAACCCGACAGAGCAACACCAAAAGCGGAGGCCGGUGAAGAGGAGCCCGCUGCCGACAGAGAGAAGGCCGCAAACGAACCAGCGUCGGACCGCCAAGCAUCUGAAGCCACCACCUCCGCGGAAGAGCAAGUGGGCACUAAAUCAGAGCCGCAGGAUAUAGAAAACAAUGCAACUGCUAACGAAAACACCGCGAAAGAAGCGAAAGAGGAGCCCGGAGAGGAGAGCCGGUGCGAGGAGGUGAUGGAUUGCGAGAAAAGCAAAGCAGAGGACGGGGAGAAAUCGAGCAGUGCAGGCGGGGAGAUCGGUGACAAGAGGCGGCCAAGUGUAGAAAUCUCAUCCUCGGACGGAGAACCACUGAGCCGUAUGGACUCCGAGGACAGUAUUAGCAGUACUCUGAUGGAGAUGGAGAGCACAGUGUCCAGCGGGCGCUCCACUCCGGCCAUGAUGAACGGUCAGGGCAGCGCUGGUUCGUCAGGGCCUAAGACCGUGGCAUAUCCAUGCUGCUGGGACCUGUGUCCGCAGUACUUCAACUCCAGCCCGGACCUGGCCGAGCACAUUCGGGGCAUUCACGUAGAUGGCCAAAGAGGAGGGGUCAGUAUGAAGACCUCAGAGCAGGGGUCUCAAACUGUGUUCGUGUGUCUGUGGAAGGGCUGUAAAGUCUACAACACGCCCUCGACCAGUCAGAGCUGGCUCCAGAGACACAUGCUAACCCACAGUGGUGAUAAGCCUUUCAAGUGUGUGGUAGGUGGCUGUAAUGCUAGCUUUGCGUCCCAAGGAGGGCUAGCGCGGCAUGUUCCAAGUCACUUCAGCCAGCAGAGCUCCUCUAAACUGUCUAGUCAGGCCAAACUCAAAGAGGAGUCGCCUUCAAAAGCAGGGCUCAACAAGAGGAAGAAACUCAAGAACAAGCGCCGCUGCUCUCUACCUCGUCCCCACGACUUCUUUGACGCCCAAACAAUGGACGCGAUUCGCCACAGAGCCAUCUGUCUCAACCUGGCAACCCACAUUGAGAGUGUGGGCAAUGGCCACAGUGUGGUCUUCCAUAGCACGGUGCUGGCCAAGAGGAAAGAGGGGUCUGGGAAAGUGAAGGUGCUACUGCAUUGGACUCCAGAGGACAUAUUACCUGACGUUUGGGUGAACGAGGCAGAGCGGACGCAGCUGAAGACUAAAGUGGUGCACUUAUCCCAGUUACCGCAGGACACGGCCAUGCAGCUAGACCCCAACAUUUACAGAGCUCUUCCACAAAAGCGACUGAAGCGUAGCCUGUGAGGAGUCAACAUGGACUCAUGGAAAUCCUUGUACCCUUAUCUAUUUGAGAACGGGACACUGCUCGCCUGUCUUUUGCCAAACUGAGAAGUGGCGAUAAAAACUGACAGAUCUUGGCGGCGUAAGACUUUUCAUUUUUGUUAAUUUCACAUUUCUGACAUUGCCAAGCGAUGUGGAACGGACUCAAGCAAAAACACCAAUCACACUUUUAACAAGCACCUCACUGAGAAUAUUCUUUGGUGUAAAACAGUUUUACCUGUACUGGGAACAUGCAUUUUAUAACUGUUUUUGUAAAAAGUAUUCAUGCAGAUUUGUAACUUAUUUUUAUAAUAAUACUGAUGUACUGUGGGAUUUUUGUGAAUGUUUUUGGAUAAGAACAACUUGCUGUGAUAAUCUAUACAACUGUAACUUGUGGGGAAUACAUGGGCAUAGUUAUAAACAUGGUAGUCCACAAUCCUACUUCUACUUCCUAAAUGCAGUGUGUUUGAUGGUGACUUGAGGUUACAGUAGUGAAGUGUACAAUGCAAUACACAAUACUGCCGUAGCAAUAACUGACUUUGUAUCUUAUGUGUAGCUGCUUAUCUUAGUUGUUUAAAGAAGACAUAUUGUGCAAAUUUCACUUUUAAAUUCUUAGAGCUUUAGCCUUGUUAUUAUUGUUUUCCUUUGCAUUGACUUACUUGAAGUUGCAUUUAGAGUGAUUCAUGUGUGCUUGAGUAAUCUUUAUUCUCCUGCAAUGCAAACGCCAUUUUUCAAAAAAAUCCCUGUUUUCACCUACACCCACUUCUCUGUACUUUGGUUGAUGAUACACGAAGGAUUCAGCAGCAACACUUAACCAUUUUGGCACAAGUUAAAAAAAAAAUCUGCUGCUAGCUACCAGCACUUUGUUGUGAGGACGUAUACGCAGAUGUCAGUCAGUAUAAAUUCUUGCUUCUCAGGCCAGUACCUUCAGAUUGAAAAUGACUGCCGGAUGGUCUCAAUUUUAAAAACGUUGCCCAGAUGACUACCUCUGAAACUUUUUGUACCAUCCACAGGUGUCAUAUAUAACUCCAUAGCUGACAAAAGCAUAAUAUGUCUACUUUAAACUUGCAGACCAAUUACGGGCACAUACUACUUUUAAGUAUAUAAUCCCCACAAAUGCUACAAAUAUGGUUUUAACACUUUAACUCUCCUAACAUCUGAAUCCAUUUUCUGUUUUUUUCUUUUUGUUAGUUCAGAGACAAGCUAAACAGUUAGUUGCACCUUACACGGCAGCUCAAGUUGCAAAUCCAAACUAAAACAAAGAGUAACCUAGAACUUUGUAGAUACAUUUCUAAGAAAAAUAAUAUUAGAUAAAGCAGUGGUUAGUUUUGAAUGUAACUAAACAAGCUAAAAUAAUUUCAAAGUCUUUAAAACAGUAUUCAUUGUUCCACCUCCUCUCUCUGAUAUGUUAAAGCACUUAGUGAUUUGUUCUUCGAUGUGUUUCCUACUGUAUGUGGUCGCUGUUGGAAGUGUUUUGUAAUAAAAUGGGGAAAAUGAAAA